ACAUUGUUGAAGUCUCAAUUAGUAGCCAAAGAAAGUAUAUACUACUAUACUAUUUUUGAUAUGCGGAUAUUUUUCCACCACUUUUUAAAACAAUAGGAUUUUUCACUUAAAUGACGUGAGUGAGCGUUUAGUUUUACUUUGAAAAUCGACCAUCGGAAGUGUUGUUUCUAGCUUGACGGCUGAGAGCUCAGAGGACAGAUUUGGUUGCGAAACAUCGGCAGCUCAUCUCGGCUGUCUGGCACAAGCAGAGGACGUGUUUUUUUUAACUUUUUAAUCUUAUAUUUCGAAUCGCCGGGACUCCUCACGGAGUUGCUCUUUAUUUGAUCUGUAACCUGCGCUGCCUCUAGAGGGAACUUGCCAUGAGCAUCACACGGCUGGAGACCUGAACAGUCGGUCUGGAAGAGGGGAAGAUGCCUCAUGGACCGCUCCAUCACCGCCAGUGCGCCAGUUCAGGGCAUCCCGACCGCCGAAUAACAAAGAAAUGCCGAGGUUUAGCGCCAGAUGGAUGGUUGCGGUGCUGCUGAUUCUCCUGGUCAGCGGCGCUUUCUUCUUCUGCGAGUAUCUCAUCUACUUCCCGACGAUCCUCAAGUGCGCCUGGCCGAAGAUCAGCCAUGCCCGGGGCGGAGAGGGUAUCGACGGCCGGCCGCUGGACUCAGCGGUCCGCGCUAUGGUGCUCUCGGACACCCACCUCCUCGGAGCCGUGGGGGGACACUGGUUUGACAAGCUGAGGAGGGAAUGGCAGAUGGAGAGGGCUUUCCAGACCGCGCUGUGGCUGCUCAGGCCCGAAAUAGUGUUUAUUCUCGGGGAUAUCUUCGACGAAGGCAAGUGGAGCUCACAGAAGCACUGGGAGGAUGACGUGCGCCGGUUCCACAGGAUGUUCAGGCACUCCACUGACACAGAACUGGUCGUACUGGUUGGGAAUCAUGACAUCGGUUUCCAUUACGAGAUGGACUGGUUCAAGCUGCAGCGCUUCGAGAAGGUCUUCAACGCUUCCUCCACCAGGAUCGUCACCAAGAAGGGAGUCAAUUUCCUGCUGGUGAACAGCGUGGCCCUGCACGGAGACGGCUGUCCCAUCUGCCAGUCGGUGGAGAAGGAGCUGAUCAAACUCUCCAGAGACCUCAACUGUUCUCUUCAGAACUCACAGUCGGGCAGCGGAGUGACGGACAGCUGCGAGGGCUCGCAGGUCUAUCCACCCACACCGCCCAUCAUGCUACAGCACUAUCCUCUGUACAGAGUGAGCGACGCCGGCUGCACAGGGCUGGACGCUGCGCCGCCUGAAGAGAGACACCUGCUGUUCAGAGAGAAGUAUGACGUGUUGUCGAAGGAGGCCUCACAGAGGCUGCUGCAGUGGUUUAAGCCCCGCCUCAUCCUGAGUGGACACACACACAGCGGAUGUGAGGUCCUUCAUGACAACAAGUACCCAGAAAUCAGCGUGCCGUCCUUCAGCUGGAGGAACAGGAACAACCCCAGCUUCAUCCUGGCGUCGGUGUCCCCCGGCAGCUACGCUCUGUCCAAGUGUUUCCUGCCGGAGGAGAGCACGGUGAUCGGCGUGUACUGCUCGGCCGGCGCCUGCAUGCUGCUGCUGUUCCUGGCUCACUGUCUGUGGAUGAAAGGCCUGCUGCAGUGCCUCAGCCUCUUCCUGCUGGGGAAGCACAAGUCCCUGUGAACUACGUUACCCAUAGUGCACCGGGACAGAGCCACGAGAGCAGUGGUAAAUACUUGAUGUGAGGAUUUUGUGACGUUCCUCUCCUGAACGGGUCAAAAAUCUGUUUGUUUGUCCAAAUGUUUUACGGCACUGUGAAGGACAAGAAUAUAUGUUUUUAAAUGUCUUAAAAAGGACUCUAAGAGUUUUAUCACUUCUGAUACUGACGAUGUGAUUAUUUAAAGUCUGUGAAACAGAUGUGGGGCCAAAUUGUUGUUAGAAAUCUUAAGAAGUGAUUGUUUUAGCUUUUCUCGGGAGUGCCAAACUUUUCAGUCACAGAAAUGUAAGCGACUGACUCGACAACCUGUUACCAGCUGAAGUAUUAGACAGUACAAACACACACGUGGCAUUAAGUAAGACAAAUCAAACGAACAGUAAAUAUGUAAAUACUAACUGUCCCUGGUCUGAUUUUAGGUGGUAAAGUCAGAUGUUGGUUUCUGUCUCCUCACUGUGAUCUGAUGUGAUCUCACUCUGUUUGUUUCUGUUGUUGAUGUCUGAUGAUCCACCUCGCUGUUUUUAUGAUGCAUAUCUGAAUAUAUUUAUUGCUGACUUUCUGUGCCAAAUGUUUGUGAGGGUUUUUGCCAAAUUGUUGAAAUGUUUAUGAUGAACUGUACAUAAUAAAAUCUGAA